AUGAAGCCAAAACCAAAGAACCUAGCACACCUCCCAUCCCUCGCCGUCGAACUAACAGAACUCAUCGCGCAACACACAGACGACAAAAGCAUCCUCUCCCUCCGGCUGGUCUGCCGCGCGCUGCAAACAAAAACCUUCCACCUCUUCGCCCGGCGCUUCUUCGCCACAAUAAAAACAGACCUCUCAUCUGAAAGUCUCGCAAGGAUAAACGCACUGUCCUCAAAUGUCGCACUCCGCCCCUACAUCCAGUGUUUAGCAUUCAUGCUGCAGAACGGCGUCGGACGAGGCCUCAUCUGGUCCCGACACACUUGGGGUCCUCUCUCUGCACCGUUGGAAGUCGACGCAAUCCGCACCCUACGCGAUAAUUUAAUAACCCGCCUGACUAAGUGCCGAUCUUUCUUUAUUGUGUGCCGAUACCCCGAAGGCCACCCGGACAUGAAACACGUAACCGUCACCGACGCAGUAGCCGUGUUCUUUGCGCUUGUCGUCGAGGCGAGACUGCCUGUGUCAUCGUUCCAUUUGAUAUACGCAAAUAAGUACUCCCGCACACUCAUCAUGGAUAUGCGACGCAUUCCGAAAAUGAUUUAUCGACAGCCGCAGUUUAAGAUCGUCUGGGCGAAUUUGCAGAAGCUCUCGCUGGAGCAGUACCUCACGCUUGAUAAUUUCGGGUUUUUGUUGGAACUCGUUCUAAGCGCGACGAGUUUAAAAACGCUCUUACUUAACCUGGGCUCGCAUGACCUUGCUUGCGAAUUCAUGCAUGAAAUCGCCGAGUCAGCGUCCUUAACGCAACUGUCCGAACUAGCGCUCUUCCGCACCUCGGCCUGCUUAAAUGACUUGUUGAACAUACUCACCCGGGUAAAAGGGAAUCUGUCCGCGUUGACUUUGUACCAUGUUUCCCUCGCGUCGGACGAUAACUGGGCCGAUGUACUGAGUGCGCUGGGUGGGUUUGUGUCGCUGCAGAGCAUCUCGCUUUAUUAUCUUUGGGCGACGGCUCCGGAGAAGGAGGUGUUUUCUUUCCCGGAUCUUUGUAAGGCGCCGGUGCUUUGUGGGGAGGGUGAGAGGCAGAGUUUACAUGUGUUCUAUGAGGAGAGUGCGAAGACGCCUGCUGUGCUGGGGGUUGAGUACUCUGGGAAGAGGAUGGGGGAGGUUUUGGGAUUGUUACAGGUGACGGGGCGGGGGUGA